AUGUCCUACCUCGUGUGUCUCUUUCAUGUCUCGUACCUUUGGGCAUCUCAAUUUCACACCAUUACCCCCAAUCAACCAAGUGCAUCAAUACUCAUUUUCACCGUGACGACAACUCAGGUCAAACUCAAAUCCACACUUCGCCUCCUCAUCCCCCGUCUACGGAAUGCGCAGAAAAAGGACACGGCGCUCUCGAUCGCGGCGCGGCGCGAGAUGGCCGAGUUGCUGUCACAAUCCCGCGAGGCCUCCGCGCGCAUCCGCGUCGAGAACAUCAUCCACACCGACAUCACCGUCGAACUGAUGGAGAUCCUCGAGUUGUACGCCGAACUCCUCCUGGCGCGCGCGGGGCUCCUGGACGUACGGGACAAGAACGCGAAGGAGGGGCUGCUGAAAUCCACCGGUGAUGACGACGAGACCGCCGGCACCGGUCACAGCAACACGGGUCUGGAAGAGGCGGCCGCGAGCAUCAUUUAUGCCGCGCCGCGGCUGCCGCGCGACGUGAGGGAACUGGGCAUCGUGCGCAACAUGCUCAUCGAGCGGUUCGGAAAGGACUUCGCCGUGCGCGCCAACGACAACGUCGACGGCCUCGUCCCCGCGCGCGUCAGCGACAAGCUCAAAGUCGACCCGCCGAGCCCCAGACUGGUGCAGGCCUACCUCGAGGAAAUCGCCCGGGCGUACGGCGUCGAUUGGCCGCCGAACCGAGACGACGUCGAUGAACUAGGCAGGGAGGUUGAUCGGGAAGACCAACAACAACAACGACGACGCGGAGCGGAUCCCGACGCUGAUGGCGAAGACGACGGCGACGGUGUAGGCGGUGGAGGAGGAGGAGGAGGUAUGAAAGAGACGCCGAUAUUGGCGGACGGCGACCCCUUGCCCCUGACACCCCAGAGACCAAACAAGAUAGACAUUGGGAGGUCGCUGGAGAGCGCCACGCCCCCUUCCAGCCUGGCCCCUGGAGGCGCAAAGAGUCCCGUGUCCGUGGCCCCGCCGGCGCCGAGGUCGGACAACCCGAGUCCCAAAGUGAGGUUGCCCGGUGGUGGAACGAUAGGUAAAGACGGCAGCGGUGGGAGGUUCACGACGACAUCAUUAUCAUCAUCAUCGACGACGGCAAAGGGAAAGACGACGGCAACGUCAACAACAACAAAUAAAGGUGGCGGUCCCACCGGGCCUGUACCGGGUAAAGUUCCUACGGUGGAUGAUCUGGCCAAGAGAUUCCAGGCGUUGAAACGGUGA